AUCUAAUCGAAAGGCCACAAAGAGCAAUCAUGCAGGUGCAGAACCGGCCCACAACGUCUUUCUUGUUUGAAACGUCUCCGGCUCCGGUCUUCGUCGGCGUUGUCCGCCGUGGAGUGGCGAGACUAACUGGACAGUAAGACGGGAUGGAGGAAGGGGAAGUGCUGGAGCUCAAUGAGCUUCAUUACUCCGAUUUAAUGUUGAUAUCUUCUGAUUCAACAGCGAACCCUAAUCUGCUAAACGAUAAUGUCCCAAUUCCCUCGCCCGAAGAGCGACGGUGACUGGAAACGGUCAGGAGGACGGUAAUGGAAACCCUAGGUCUGACGGGCACAGGCCUUCUGUCCAUCACCGCGGUCCGUAGGGCUUCUCUUCUUCGCAGAAGCCUUCUCCCUCUCGCGAGAAACCUCGCUCUUCUGGACAACGACAAGCGGACGCGCAUUCUCAAGCUGCAACCGGCGGGGAGUUGAAAAUGUGAAGCUGCAUGAGGGGAUCUUACUGGAGCAGGAAAUUGACUACUGUGAGAUUCUUGCCAAGUGCAGCUACAAAUUGCUAAUUGCAGGAGUAUGGCUUGGGGAGUGAUGUUCCAUUGAAGAACCCGUAUAGGAAAGUAUCUUCCUUUGAAAUUAUGCUGAAAUACAUUGAAGUUCUCGAGUCUGAUCAAGCUGUUUAUCCACCUUUCAGCUUUGCAGUGACUGAUUUGGAUGCCGACAGUAGCUAUACAUAGAUUCAGUGUCAGGGGAUGAUGAAUAAAAGAAUGUUGCUAAUGUUUUCAAGGAGCUAGGAUAGCGCAUGAUGCAGCUAAGAUUAUGUCUGGCGCAAGUGUGUCACAAAGCAACAGGUGGCAAAUAGUUGGAGAAGAGCUUGCUUGAAUCAGGCACAGCAAAGGGGCGUCUCAUACAUUAUCGUUCAACCCUUGAUGAUGGUGUUUGAGAAGAAACCUGCGAGAAGAAACCUGUCAUACAUUAUCGUUCAACCCUUGAUGAUGGUGUUUGAAAAGAGACAAGACAGUUAGAACACUCUGCUUUGGUUAAAAAUGGCGGUCAUGACAAGCUUGGGCAGCAAUGGCAUUAUGAUUACAGUAUCUUCACUGUUCUGACAGCACCUAUGUUUCUUGUUCCCUUUCAUCUGCCAGAGAUGGGAUAACAUGUGGUGUUCCUUCAGUUACUUAUGUAUGCUUAAUAAUGCUUCUUAUCCUGGUGUGAAUUCGUAUUUGCAAGUCUUUCAGCCGAACCAUAUUACAGUGCCCAUGGUGAAAGCUUCUCCAGAGAUUUUCCUCGUUCAAGUUGUGGAGAACCAGCGGAUAUCAUCUCAAAGGGAAAACUCCGAUCGACUCUUCACUGUGUAGGCAGGCCAGAGAAGCAGGACUAUUUAAGCAGAGAAACGUUUGUGGGGUUUUGCAGCCUGCUUGGAGCAAAACAUUCUCGCUCUCUGGUUGCCAUUGCUUGCAGCACUCUUGUAUAGAUGAUCGAUGGUCAGGAGAAGGAAAUGGCUGCUCCAGGCAUGGUUCAAAUGGCUUCAAGGGACAUAUUCAUAAAAUGGUUCCACCCCCUUCUUUGCGUUUAAUAGAGGGAAUGGCAUUUGCUGAAUGCCCACGUGAAACUACCUAGCGGUAUUAUGGGGGUAGUGGAUCGCAGUCAAACCAUUAGCCAGCUAGUGCUUUGGUUCUUUUUGGGGACUUCUGAUGAAGCCUGCUCCUGUGGUUAGUCCCUGUGAGAGAAAGAGGGCGCGAGAGACAAUUAUGCAAACAUUCUGAAGGGUCAUUGGCCUUGGUGCUUGAUGGGAGGUUUUCAGCUUCCUGUUUAGAUAGUAGACAUAUAACUGGUCUUGGUUGGGAAUGCAUGCCACAAAGUACUGAUAAACUUUUUGGGGCAUCGUUUCUUUUGGAAAAGGUGGCAUCCAUGCUCCUCGAGUUUGUCCCAAAACUGUUGUGAAUCUUCUGCUCAAUGAACUAGCCAGCAGAAUGAGGACAAGAGAGAUUAUCUCAGCCGCAUGUUCAAUCAACUGGUGAGGAGAUUGAUGGAUGGACUCUCUAUUCCUGCUUGAUCUUUAGACCUUGACCGGAUUUGGGGACCUUGAUGACCCUAUUAAGCCGAGAAGCAGCUCGAAGCCACCUGAAAGGGUAUGCUUUAAUUAACUGCCCUUUCUCGUCACCUGCCUUGCCUGAGUUGUCCGGGAUUCAACCAUAACGAACCCGGAUUAGACGAAAUCCAGACAUCUAACCACAAGGUUUAUCUCAAAAGCAAUAAUGUGAUUAUCGUUUUCAGAAGCUCCAGUAUUAAUAAGGAUGCAGAAGCUGACUAUGACUGAAUUGUUGAAACAUCUCAUCUUGUUAAUUCUGGUUUGCUGCAUUAUUUUGCGCCCUGGUGCAGGUGGAGGGAACAUAACUGAGAAGGAAACAACUGGGUUCCAAACGUGGACAAAAAUUCCAAUUCUAGAUUGGAGGGUAAGAGUUGGUGGUGGUGGAUGGAUGAUGAUUAGAGGGGAUGUGGGUAAAAGAAGAGGGAAUAAAGCAAGAAAGAGCGUUUCUUUACAAAGUGGUCACACAACUGAGGUCUGCAGCUACACAGUACAGAGAGCUUUGCUUUAUCAGAGCUACAAGGGAAAGUAUGGAGAGCCGGUUGAGUGCGUGGAUUGGAUUUUCGGGGGAAGAAGAAGACCUUUAUGAUCAGAAGAUGGAGUAGAUUGAUUGCAAGGAUGGCCUUUUUUUCUUGAGAAAGAGGAGAACUCGGCCAGGCAAAUGGAAGAUGAGAACAAAAGAUGGGAGUGAUGACGUAGUUAGGCAUGCGCAUUUUAGCCCCUUCCUCUCUACUCUCCUUCUCCUCCCUCUAUCAGGAUUUCAGAACAGAAGGGAUCAGUCAUCAGCUUUAUUGUCCAAAACUGCAGAGGCAAAGUGGGUGCUGAAGAACUGAUUAUAUAGUUUUGCUUUGGACCGCUUCCUAAGCCCUAAGUUUUGUAGUUUGUCGGCCUUAGACGUUGCCAACUCUUGAGACAUGCCUUAAGAAGAAAACAAAAGACAGCAUAGGCCAUAUAAGAUAUAACCCAAACCCACCAAUAGAAUAGAACACUACUGCAUCUCUCUCCUUCAGUCUCCCUUGCUAGCCCUACUGGCCAUUCCUCAGAAUUAGCUGCAGCCUGCUCUGCAUGCAGGGUCAGCUUCAGCUUUGUCCAAGUUUAUGGCCCCCACUUUUCUUUUUUUCUUCCUUUCCUCCUACCCCUGUUGACCCAUUUCCCCCUUCACUUCCCUUCCCAUUAAGGUCCAAAAAGCAGGGCAAUACUAUCCCUUCUUAGCUAUAAAGCAACCCUAGAACCCCUACUGCUAUUUUCUUACCACCUUUGCUCAAAGUUUUCAAAACCCCCACACUCUCCCUCCAACCAAAGCUGAACCCUCCAUUACCCCUUUCCUUUUUCUUCCUUGGUUUCCCAAACCAUUUCAGUUUUUUUGCACUCAACCCACAUGGAGGAAACGCCUUUAAUCAGCACCACUUUCAGGCUGAAACACAGCCCUACCACCACCACCACCACUAUUCAGCUGCCAGAGAGCCCAAAAGUCCCCAUGGAGUUCCUGUCGAGAUCCUGGAGCGUCUCUGCCCUCGAAGUCUCCAAAGCUCUCAUCUCCAAUUGCUUGUCUUCGUCCAUCCACACCAACUCCUUCCCCACCACCACUAGCUCCUCUUCCACCACCGCCUCCAUCCCUGAAGAACUCUCCACUAUGCCGGACUUCUCGGAGAACGUUCCUCCUUACAAUCAUCACACCAUUGCUGCGGCAUCCUCUUCUACCUCUGCCCCUCAGUUCUCUUUUGCUUCCUCUGCCACCUCCCAGCUUGUUCUCGAACGUAUCAUGUCUCAGUCGGAAGUGUCGCCAUUGACAUCUGGGAGGCUGUCUCACAGCAGUGGGCCUUUGAACUUGGGGGAAUUGGACAGUCCCCCUAUUUCACCCUCUGAUGAGUUUGAAGACGUGGUCAAGUACUUUCGUGCACACAAAACCAUACAUCCUCUAUUUACCGGUGGUCGAGCCAGCGCCGGCGGGGCUGGUUCCGCCGCCGCAGGCCGCGGCACGGCCACCCCAGCCGGCGGAGGAGCGAAGACGGUGGGCAGGUGGUUGAAGGAGAGGAAGGAGAAGAAGAAAGAAGAGACGAGGGCUCACAAUGCGCAGCUCCACGCUGCUGUUUCCGUAGCAGCAGUUGCCUCCGCCGUCGCCGCCAUCGCAGCCGCCACUUCGGCCGAAUCAGGAAGAAACGAGCAGCUGGCCAAGACCGACAUGGCGAUGGCUUCGGCGGCCACUCUGGUCGCUGCGCAGUGCGUGGAAGCCGCUGAAGCCAUGGGAGCCGAGCGCGAGCACCUCGCCUCCGUCGUCAGCUCAGCCGUCAACGUUCAUUCUCACGAUGAUAUCACCACUCUCACCGCUGCUGCGGCCACAGCUCUGCGAGGGGCGGCGACGCUCAAGGCGAGGGCGUUGAAGGAUGUGUUGAACGUGGCGGCGGUGAUUCCGAUUGAGAAAGGGAUCGGGAUUUGUGGGGUUGGGAAUGGCGGAGGGAAUCCUAGAAGAAACUACAGCGGCGAGAUCUGCCCUGCUGCUGAUAGCUUUGUUGGGGCAGAGUUUCUAGCUCGUGGAACAGAGCUUCUCAAACGAACCCGCAAAGGGGAUUUGCACUGGAAAGUAGUCUCUGUUUACAUUCACAGAACAGGGCAAGUGAUGCUGAAGAUGAAAAGCAGGCAUGUUGCGGGGACGAUCACCAAAAAAAAGAAGAAUGUGGUUUUGGAAGUUCACAAGGAGCUUCCAGCAUGGCCAGGGAGGCACCUUCUGGACGACGGAGAUGAGCGCCGUUACUUUGGACUACAAACGGCGGCGAGAGGGCUGGUGGAGUUUGAGUGCAGGAGCCAACGAGAACACGACAUCUGGACUCAGGGGAUCUCCAAGCUUCUCCUCACUGUUGCCGAAAGGAAAAUCAGACGCUAAAUUUCCAGCCUUCCUCUUUUCGUGGGUUCUUAGAAUCUCAAUCACGGCCUCUAAUCGAAUCCAAGUCUCUGGACUGGCAAUCAGCUUAGGUAGUUAGAUAUGGUGUUUGGGGUCUUAUAAUAUAUAGUGAAACCAUGUGGAUGUGGUGUUUUGUAGGCUAUUCUGUAUGUUUAUCAAAGCCAGGUAACAAUUUAGCAAAUGGGAAGCAUUCAAUGAAGAGAAACAAGAAGAGGGCGAUGAUGUGAAAUAGAGAAACAAUGACCAUCUGGAACACAUUCU